GGCAACCCUAGUUUGAAACAGGGGAAGGGUCGGUUGGCACUAGCUAGGGUUUUCCACAUCUUGAAGACAGUGCCAUUGUAUCCAUAUCCACACCUUAACUCCGGUCUUCCGUUCCAUGUGUUACAUUCCAUCUGUUGCAGCCAUUAUCCUUCACCGACUCCCUCCCUCCCUCCCUUCUCUAUUUAAGCACCCCUUCUCCUCUCCCUGGAGAUAUCUUCUCCUCAGUAGGUUUCAGAGGUCUGGUGUUCUGUUUGUUCUGUGAUCAUGGUUUCUGCUGAUGCCAUUCGAACAGCAGUUGGAAUCUUAGGGAAUGCAAUUGCACUGGGCCUGUUUUUGUCACCAGUCCCGACCUUCGUUAAGAUAUGGAAGAAGGGAUCGGUGCAGGAGUUCUCGCCGAUCCCCUACGUCGCCACCUUGCUCAACUGCAUGAUGUGGGUGGUGUACGGCCUGCCCAUGGUGCACCCCCACAGCAUGCUGGUGAUCACCAUCAACGGGUCAGGCUUGGUCAUCGAGCUCUCCUACGUCCUCCUCUUCAUCGUGUACUCCUCCGGCGGCAAACGGUUGAAGGUGCUGGUGAUGCUGCUGGCCGAGACCGCCUUCGUCGGCGUCGUCGCGCUGCUGGUGCUCACGCUCGCGCACACCCACGAGCGACGCUCCAUGAUCGUCGGCGUCCUCUGCGUCUUCUUCGGCACCAUGAUGUACGCCGCUCCUUUAUCCGUCAUGAAAAUGGUGAUCCGGAGCAAGAGCGUGGAGUACAUGCCGCUCUCCCUCUCGCUUGCUUCCUUCUUCAACGGCGUUUGCUGGACCGCUUACGCACUCAUCCGUUUCGACCCGUACAUCACAAUUCCCAAUGGUCUGGGGGUGAUGUUUGCAGUGGCGCAGCUGGUACUGUACGCCAUGUAUUACAAGUCGACGCAGAGGCAGGUGGAGGCGAAGAAGAGGAAGGCGGAGCUGGGGCUGACGGAGGUGGUGGUGGUGAAGGGAGACGCCAACAAGAUUGUGAGCGUCCCUAUCAAUGGCGGCGGCAGCAACGCGGAGAAUCGCGACAUGUGAUGAUCGAUCCAAGACUUGACGACUGUAUCUCAUAUUAGUACCCGAAGGGGGGAUGUGUGUUCUUCUUCUUCUUCUUCUUCGACGUUGAAGCUCCACUCCAAAAUAUAUGUCGCUUCCGUGGUGUUCAUAUAUGAUUUCCGGUGAUAAAGCUCGGUUCACCCAGCAA